AUGGUCCAGGCUGGAAAGCGGAAGACACCAUGCGACGCCGAUGAGGUCAACCAGACGACACCACCUACAAAGAAGUUGGGCGUCGUGUCAUCCAAGUUCUCUGUCGACUUUCUCGCUGAAAGCAGUCGAUCGACGUCAGAGUCAACGACAGUUUCAUUGGACCCACAUCUUCAAUGUCAUGGCGUCACUCAGCUCCACUGCACGACAUCACGUGACUCAACGAAAGGCGCCACCAGUCCAUUGAUGCAGCAGCGUAACAGGGACUCUCUCUCUCGUAGCAGUCACUCUCCUUCUCCCUCUAGCGCUGAGUAUCUUCACCGAACACCGUCUUCUUUCUACACACCAAUGGGUUAUCAUCCGUAUAUGUCUUCUGCAUCAACUUCUAGGCACUGA